UAAGGGAAGGGGUACCGAAGGAAGCUGACAACUUUUCCUCUGGUCGCCAGAUGCUCGCCACCCGAAGCGGGCCCUGAAUUAUGGCGGCUUCUGCUCCUACACCUCACGCGACUGGUUUUCCAGCUGAAGGUAGAUGCGGUUAUUAUGUGGAAAAGAAGAAGCGGUUCUGCCGGAUGGUGGUGGCCGCAGGGAAAAGGUUCUGUGGUGAACACGCUGCAGCCGCGGAGGACGAAAAUGCUCGGAAAAGAAUCUUGUGUCCAUUAGAUCCAAAACACACAGUAUAUGAAGAUCAACUAACAAAGCAUUUGAAAAAAUGUAACUCAAGAGAGAAGCCAAAACCUGAUUUCUUUAUUCAAGAUAUUAAUGCAGGCUUAAAAGAUGAAACAGAAAUACUUGAACAAUUAGUUCCAAUUUCUUCUCUAUCUGAAGAGCAGUUGGAAAACUUAAUUAAGAAAUUGAGAAAAGCAAGUGAAGGUUUGAAUUCUACGCUUAAAGAUCAUAUUAUGUCCCAUCCAGCAUUACACGAUGCCCUUAAUGACCCUAAAAAUGGUGAUUCUGCAGCUAAGCACCUGAAACAGCAGGCUUCUAUUUUAGGUACCAUUGAAAAAUUAAAGUUACUUGGUCCAAGAAGAUGCUUUGUUGAGUUUGGAGCAGGAAAGGGAAAAUUAUCUCACUGGGUUGAUAUUGCCUUAAAAGAUGCAGAAAAAGUUCACUUCAUCCUAGUAGAAAAGGUGACCACAAGAUUCAAGGUAGAUGGUAAACACAGAAAGAAAAAUUCAGUGUUUGAGAGACUUCAGAUUGAUAUUCAACACUUGUGUUUGAACAAGGUUCCUGUGCUAAGAGAAAGAAAACUACCUGUGGUAGGAAUUGGAAAGCAUCUGUGUGGUGUGGCAACAGAUCUUGCAUUACGAUGUUUGGUUGAAACCUAUGCUGCCAGUUGUGAGGAAAGGAAUGAAGAACCUUUAGCCAAACGCAUAAAGAAUGAUAAAACAGAAAAUGAAAUUAACACUUUGGCCAAGGAAGGAAAUGAAAAAAAUGUCCCAGAGAAGUGGACCCCUGUGGCUGGCAUUGUUAUUGCACUCUGUUGUCACCACAGGUGUGAUUGGAGACAUUAUGUGGGCAAAGAAUAUUUCAGGGCUCUAGGCCUCGGAGCAGUAGAAUUCCACUAUUUCCAGCGAAUGAGUAGUUGGGCAACUUGUGGAAUGCGGAAAACAUCUUUGGAAGCCUCAAAUAUUAUCACAAAGAGAAAAGAUAAUCAGCAUGAUGAUAAUGAAAAGCAUGAUGAUGGAGGAUACAGAAUCACAGAUGACAUCACUGAUUUGCCUGGGCUUCUUACUGUUGAAGAAAAGAAGAAAAUUGGGCAUCUUUGUAAAUUGCUGAUUGACCAAGGCCGAAUUCAGUAUUUACAGCAGAAGGGAUUCAGUCCUGCUUUGCAGUAUUAUAUUGACCCUCUGGUGUCUUUGGAAAAUGUAUUGUUAACCGCUUUACCUAAUCAUUCUUCGUCACCAGAAACAAGUGCUUAAUGGAAAAGAAAUUUGAACAUCAUCUGUCUUCCACCAAACAAAAUUUUUUUAAUUAUAUUUUUAUAUUCACAAAAAUAUAAUUUAAAUAGCAGAUAAUAGGGACUUUAAAAAAUGCUAUGGCCUCAUUAAACUUUCGGUAAUAGCUUUGUUUUUUACUUCAGAAGUCCAAACAUUAGAGAAUUCACCAAAUUCCCAAAAUAAUCCUCUUCAGCAGGCCAUCUUGAAUUACAUUAUCCAUCAGUAUUUGUAGGAAUUGGUAAAGUAGUCAAACAGUUGACUUGGUGAUCUGAAACACACAUAACACAUCAACACGAGAUUAGCAUAUUAACUUUCUAUUUGCAUUAAUUUUGGAAAUUUAUUUUCCUUUGGUUUUAUUUAAUAUUUUUUACUUCUCAAGUUCAAGAUGUAAUGAUCAAUUGUUAGUUUGUAGCAAGGGCCAACCUGAGAAUUUGGCUUAUGUGUGGAUUUUUUUCCAUGCAGAUCUGGAAAGGAUAAUUGUGAUUUUCUCAAAUGCGAACAAAUUCAGAGAUGUUCACAAUCAAUUAAUGAAAUCACCGUCAGAUUUCCACAGCCAUACCUGUAUUUAUAUAUUAUCAGAAUUUUUCCAUGACAAACACCAAAAGUGAAGAGAUGUUUUCAAGGGAAAAAAAACUAUUUUACUUCAUUGUUUUCAUUGCUGGAUAACUAUCCAGUUAGAACAUCCAAAAAGAUAGUUAUAAGCAUAAUUCACAAAUUAAAUGUGAAAUUUGCAAACAACUUCUGAAGUUAAUUAGGUAUCUCAUAACACACACACACACACACACACACACACACACACACACACACACACACACUGUACAAAUAAUAAGUGCAUUCUGUCCUGUUUGGGAAAAUAAUUUGGAAUAAAGUGGAAAUCAGAUGAAACCAAAAACAUUCUCACAUGCAAUGGUUUCUUAACUCAUCAAUGGUUUCUAUGCACAAGCAAAUAUUAAACCAAACAUAUGGUAGGACUGUUAUUCUCUUCCACAUCUUAUGCUUGAUUUGUUUCUGCCUUUAUUUGUAAAAAUUAUCUUACUUGUAUGUUUGCCAAGAA